AUGCCCUCCUAUUAUUGUGCGCUUUUAUUUUUGAUAUCCAUCUCGUCAUCAGCAAUUGGCAAAUACUUGGCUAAUUUCGAUGAUUUGUACUAUGAAUGUCCACAAGGUUGGCUACCUUAUGGAAAUGGACAAUGCAUCCAAAGAUCGAACAUUAAACUGGACUUUGAUUCAGCUCAAAGAUUCUGUGAACAAAAUAGUUCCCAUCUUGUCACUAUUCCUACAAAUCCACAACGAUUAGCAAUCGAUCACUAUCUUUUAUAUGAUGAUACUAUAAAUGAAACUUAUUGGUUUGGUAUGCAACGAAAUCAAUAUGGACGAUUUCAUUGGAUUACUGAUAAACAUAUAACAGUUGGUAAAUUCUACUGGGCAGCCGAUGAACCCAGCAAUAUUACUACCGAUCAAUGUGGUGUACUGGAUAAAUUGGUAGAUCAACCAGGCAUUUGGAGACUUGGCAACUGUUCAGAACAACGCUUGUUUAUUUGCCAACGCAAAGGCAUUAGAAGUUCUUUUAACAGAAUGAUGGCUCCAGCACAAGAGGGUACAGUCAAUAAAAAUUGCCCUGGAAACUGGACACAACAUGGUAAUCUCUGUUUUCGACGAUUCUUCAACCCAGAAUGGUUUAUCCAUGCAAGAUCUAUCUGCCAAUACUAUGGAGCAGAUUUGGGAGUCAUCGAUUCCAUGAAUACUCAGCAGCAAAUUGAUCAAUUUCUCGGUAAAGAAUGGCUAAUGUGGACUUGGAUUGGAUUAUAUCGUGAUACAUCAGUUGAUAAUAGCCCAUUUAAAUGGGUGGUUAAUGGCAGAGAAACCACAUAUUUCAAUUGGGCUGCAGGUCAUCCUUUGCCAGAUCGAAACUGUGCUGUUCUUAAACGAAAUGUUGGUCCAAACGGCGUCGACUGGAAAUGGCACUCUUUAGAUUGCCUUGGCAAAUUUUCAUCAUUUUUAUGCAUGAAAAAUCUAAAUGAUUCCUAUCCAUCAGAUAAUUAUAAGGAUUUAACUCAAAAUUUGACUAAAACUAAUAUCUAUAACGUGAGCACCAGUGCAGCAUUAAAUGCUAGCGAGACUAUUGGCUCUGCUUUGGCGCAGAAUUUAGCAUCCAUUCAAUCUCCAAUUUCUUCAUCUGCUUUUAGUCAAACUGCUAAACUUUAUAUUGUAUCCAAAUCCGAAGUUGUAGAGGAUAAAUCUGGCUCAAUUAAGAUUAAUAUGACUUCCGCAAAUAAUUACCUAUCUCGAAGCACGAUCCGACAUAUAGAAAUCCCCAAAGCUAUUGUUCCUAAAGAAUAUAAAGGUUAUGUUGGAAUUGUUUCCAUUGCCUUUCAGCCUACUGAAAGAAAUUUUACUGCUAAUGGCACCGCAUUAAACCAUUCAAUCGUUUCUUUAAAUGUCUACCCAACCAUUACGGAACAAUUUCCUAAACCUGUUCACCUUGUUUUCGAUAUUACAGAGGAUGAGAAAAACAGUAACAUCCAAUGCGUAUAUUGGAAAGCAAGUAGCAAUAAUACCGGCCACUGGUCGACUCAAGGUGUUAAAACGAAAGUCAGCAAUACAUCAUCGGUUUACUGUGAAACUGAACAUCUAUCAAGCUUUACCGUAUUAGUCGGAAUGAGACAAGCUAAGUACAUUUCUUAUCUAGGUAACAAAAACAACAUAAAUUUGUGUAUUUGCCCAGUUAGUUGGAAAUUAAUAGAAAUAACACCUGACAGUAGUGAAAGUCCAGAGGGUUAUUAG